GUUGGACCAAUCAGAGCGCCGCAAAUCAGUUUCCAUGUCCGCCGCAUAAACAGCCGCCACUGACGGGGUUUUCAAGAAGGAAUCGCAGAUUUUAGUUAAGAACAGACACCAUGUCUCGAGCGCAGGCAGAAAGUGUCAUAAAGAACAUCAUUCGAGAGAUCGCCCAGGAGUGUGCCAGUAAAGGACAGGCCGUCUCCGAAACGCUGGUGGCUUUUAUGGUGAAGGCAGUGGUUUUGGACCCAAACAAUGAAUUUAACGUAGACAGAACGUUAACAAAGGAUGAUGUGCAGAAACUUAUCAAGAUCUGUGUGGAGCGACUGCUGGACACCCGCUCCCCUGCACUGGACACGGUCAAGAUGCAGGUCUACUUCGACAUGAACUACACCACCAGAGCUGAUUUCCUGGAGGAGCACCGUCGUGUGUUGGAGCAGCGUCUGCAGCCGGUGGUGCGUGACAUCACGGACAGCCGGGCGCGCACGCGGGAGGAGCUGGAGAGUCUGUACCGCAAGAUCGUGUCCGCCGUCCUGCUCCGCUCAGGGCUGGGGUCUCCCACCGACAUCGCUGUCGUCAGGGAGGCUACUGCUGCCCUGCAGAGUGUGUUUCCGCAGACAGAGCUGGGUACCUUCAUGUCUCUGGUGAAGAGAGACAAGGAACGGCAGCUGAAGGAACUCACUCUCAUCGUCACCGGGAUCCGCCUCUUCAACAAGGAGUGUGGCAAGGGUGGAGAGGGUAUCGAUGAUUUGCCAGCCAUUCUGAAUGAAGCUGUCCCUGCCACCACACAAAAUGUAGAUGCUGAGAUCCAGAUCACCACACGGAUGGCUCACAAAUAUACAGCUCUGAUAGAGAAGAUGCAGGCUGACCCUAGCCUGGAGGGCCCGUCUCUGCAGCUGCUGAAGGAGUCUCUCAUCAACAGUCGCCAGCACGAAGCCUUCCUCAGGAUCCUGCUGAACGAUGUGAUUGGCUGUGCCCAGCAAGUGGAGCUACUGGAAUCCCAGCUGGCAACACGGAUGGAACAGCUGAAGGACACGGUCCGCUCCAAGACUGCCGUCCCAACUUCUCAUGUCUAUCCCCAGUUCAUCGCGCUGGCUCACCUGUGGAGCGGGUUCCAGGACGAGAUGGUCCUUCUGAGCGUGCUCAGUAACAUCCUGGCCAGCCUGGAGCCCUUCACCAAGACGCACCGCGAGAUGUUCACGGAGGAGGUCCUGGCGCCGUUCCUGGGCGACGCUGAGGUCAGAGGUGACGAGCAGAGGAUCCGAGAGACCACCGGGAUGGAGUUCCGAGUUGACCCGUCUGAGUUCAGGAUCAGGGAGGGGAUCGAGUUUCUCUUCCCAGAGACAACCAAGAACUUUGAGAAGCUGCCACUACAAUACAGGGGUUACUGCGGGUUCACACUGGUGGCCAACGACCGUCUCUUGUUGCCAGGCAACCCGGAGAUCGGCGUUCUCCACUACCGCGAGAACUACUACGUCUUCACCUCCAAACAGGCUGCUCUGGAGUUCGCCAAGGAUCCGGACAUUUUUAUCCUCCAGGUGGCAGAGUGUGCCAAGAAGUCCCCUGAGCUGAUCCAGUUACUGGAGCUCCACCAGCAGUUUGCCACUAUCACACCUUAUGCACAAGGAGACCAGGGCCGGAUGAUUGAGAAGCCGGUGACGAAGUGUGACAGCGGGACUCAGACGGACACACACUUCAUGGAGUCCAACAUCGUCAAGUCUUAUGAGUGGAACGAGUGGGAGCUGCGCAGGAAGGCCAUCAAACUGGCUAACCUGCGGAAGAAGGUGACCCACUCCCAGCAGACCAACCUCAGCAACAUGAGAAGAGACAACGUCACACAGGUCUACCUGCCAAAGGACCAAGGCUCCCAGACGAAGACGGAGGACGGCACCAACGUGCCCAAACCACAGGUGUACCUGGCUGGUCUGCGUGGGGGCGGGGUCAAACCCACUAACAUGGUCAAGGUCGACCUCACCAGGGACGUGGAUGAGGACAUGUGAAGGUCAAAUGGUUAAAAGUUACCAAGCUUCUCUUAUGACAUUGGGUUUAAGAAUCAGUUACAACUGUUGGGAGGAAUAUGUUGGCUGUAAGUCUCAUGACGUACAUAUGAUUUUUUAUAGUGUUUUUGUCUUUCAAAAGUAGACAACACUCAGUCUGUUAUUAUAUAGUACAGGUAUGUAUGUGUAUAUGUGGUGUGUACAUAUUGUGGGAUCAGUCAAAAAGAGUCGAAAGUAAUGUACAUGUAUUGUGCCUGUGGUUUUAAAAUUUGUAGAUAACAAAGUGUGUGACUUUGGGUGAAACAUAUUUUGGUAAAACAUUGUCUUAGUACACAUUGUGUAUAUUUUGUGACAAAGUUUGUAUUUUGGUAGGCAUGGCAAGCAAGUUCCACUUUGAUUUGUGAAGUCCAUCCAGUCAUUCCAGUGUAUACAUUUUCAAUACUAUGAAUCAAUUUGCUGUUUGGUCGUACCACACUGUAGCGUUCCUGAAACACUAACUUACAAAAAGUGUCCUAGAUUUAAAAAAAGUAGCAACAGGAGAAAAAAGUGUACUACAUGUAUAUAUAAACCAGAAAACUAUGAUCAGAGAUUAUAGAUUAUUAAUGCCAAGCAAUGUCUCUUGAGUUUUAAGUAGAUUUGCAAAUACAUGACUGUACACAUGUACAAUUAGCUGUCUAAGAGUCACAUCAACUAGCCUGGUUACCUAACCUACAUUGUAUCAUAGUUUCUGAGUCCUACAUCUUCUCUGCAAAUAGCCUGGUUACCAAACCUAUUAGCUCGUGAGUCUUACAUCCUCUCUGCAAAUGCCAAUCUCAAAUUACUGCUAGCUUCCAGCCAGAUUUGAUUCUGGGACCUUUAAGUUCAUCACUAAUUUCCUGUGUCUGAUCUCUUGGCCUGUCAUUCUGCCUGUCAGUCUUUCCCCACCUAUGUAUUUCAACCAACUCGGUACGGACAAAUAUACACACAAACCCACAUAUAACUGACUCCAAACAA